CUUUUCAAAAAAGAGGCUUUUAUUUGUGACUAGUACGCAACUUCCGGUGUAAGCAACUAGCGUGAUGACAUACGCAGCUGGCGGUUCCAUUAAAUAGGUCAAAUAAGAAAGUGAAUUAUGGUUCAACUGCACGUCAAACGGGGAGAGGAGAGUCAGUUUCUCUUUCAAACAACAGUGGAUGUACAGAUUGACACUCUUACACAACAGGUCUCAGCCAUCUAUAAUGGAAGGUUAAAAGUGGACAGGAUCUGCUCUGAAAUGUCUGAGCUGUCAGAUCAUGGCAUCUCCCUUCCACCGAAUAUGCAAGGACUGACCGAUGACCAGAUCAUUGAACUGAAGCUACAGGAUGAAUGGCAGGAGCGCUGCAUUCCCAGCGGUGGCGCUGAGUUUAGGAAAGACGAGAUCGGACGGCGAAAUGGGCAUGCUCCAAAUGAGAAGAUGAAGGAUGUUUUAAAGAAAACAAUGGAGGAGGCCAAAGCUUUAAUCUCAAAAAAACAAGUACAAGCAAAUGUUUGCCUUACAAUGGAUAUGGUCCAAGAGGCUUUGGACCAACUGCGAGGAGCCGUGAUGAUAGUUUACCCAAUGGGACUGCCUCCACAUGAUCCAAUAAGGAUGGAGUUUGAAAAUCAAGAGGAUCUAGCUGGAACACAGGCAUCUUUACAGGUAAUCCCAGAUGAAGAGGCUCAACUGUGGUGGGCAUCCAAAGAACUUCAAAAGGACAAGAAACUGCAGGAUUAUAUUGGGAAAAAUGAGAAGACUAAAAUAGUGGUGAAAAUGCAAAAAAGAGGUCAGGGGGCACCGGCACGAGAGCCGUUGGUGGGUGAAGAUGAGCAAAAGAAGAUGAUGAUGCACUAUUACCGAAGACAGGAAGAACUAAAAAAACUGGAAGAGGCCGAUGACGACACAUAUCUACAGUCUGAAUGGUCAGACAGACAGGCUUUAAAAAGACAAUUCCAGGGACUCACGAAUAUCAAAUGGGGUCCAAAAUAAACAGAAAGAGGAUCUGUUACACAGCUGAAUGUGCUUUUACUCUCCGUUUGGUAUGUAGGAGACAACAAUACUUUGUAAAAAGUGUGUACGACUUCCCAAAUCUUUUCCACUAUGUGUCAAAUCUGGUGUAAAUUCAGAAUCAGUUAGACAGUGCUGCUGUUUUAAUGCAAUUUGGUUGUCUUUUUCCAAUGAACAAAAUGAAAAAAAUACAAUGUGAAUGUAUUUUUAUGUGCUAUGCAAUAUGUGAGUCAUUCAGAUUUCUCUGUUCUGAUGCAUUGGAAGUAGGAUGCAACACCUUUCCUCUCUUUGUCUAUGCCUCUGGCAGUUACUCAGUCGAAACCUGACGCUGUUUAAAGGCAGGAUAUUGCCGUACGGCUCUCAGGAUCACUGUGUCACCUAGAGUUCAUUUUGGGAGCGUUAAGAAAGAUAACUUUUAUACCCUCAAGGUGCUUGAAAAGAAGUCGGUAUAUCAAGAGGUGUAACUUUUAAAGAAAAAAGUUUAUAGGAUAGUUGAGUGAUAUUGUGUAAUAAAUAAACACCUGUUUUUGUUCA